CGGGGCUGGCCGGGCUCUUUUGUUCGAGGGAGGCGGACGGAGCGCGGCCAGGCCCGCGGUGACACGGAGCGGGCCCUCCUGCAGCCCCUUCCCUCGGCGACGGUUGGCGGGGCUGUGCAAGCAGCGUCGCCCAUAAGCUGAAAAACUGGCCAGCACAAUGGGAAAAAAACAGAACAAGAAGAAAGUGGAAGAGGUUUUAGAGGAAGAGGAGGAGGAGUAUGUGGUGGAGAAGGUCCUGGAUCGGCGAGUGGUGAAGGGCAAAGUGGAAUACCUGCUCAAGUGGAAGGGCUUCUCGGAUGAAGAUAACACAUGGGAGCCAGAGGAGAACCUCGACUGCCCAGACCUCAUUGCAGAGUUCCUUCAGUCCCAGAAAACAGCACAUGAGAGCGAGAAGUCCGAGGGCAGCAAGCGCAAAGCGGAGUCUGACACAGAGGAUAAAGGAGAGGAGAGCAAACCAAAGAAGAAGAAGGAGGAGUCGGAGAAACCGCGAGGCUUUGCCCGAGGAUUCGAGCCCGAGCGGAUCAUCGGUGCCACGGAUUCCAGCGGGGAGCUCAUGUUCCUGAUGAAGUGGAAGAACUCUGACGAGGCCGACCUGGUCCCUGCCAAGGAAGCCAACAUCAAGUGCCCGCAGGUGGUGAUCUCGUUCUAUGAGGAGAGGUUGACAUGGCAUUCCUACCCCUCAGAGGACGAUGACAAGAAAGAGGACAAGAACUAAGCCCUGGCACCCGCUCUGGCCAGCCUUUGUAUAAAGAUCUGAACUGUGGGUUUGAACAAGAGGGAGAGAACGCAGCUCUGCUCGGUUGGGAGCGUAGAGAUGGCUGGAGAAGAUGCCCUUUGAAGAGACCAGUAUGGUUUCUGUGCCCUGCAGCUGCUCAACUGCUUUCUGCAGCUUCAUGCUGUGUACAGAUUCCAACCAGCCCAGCUCAAUGUGUGUGGGGGGGGGGGGUUGGAAAGGAAGGGAAGAGAAGGGAAGGGCAGGGGGUGCUGGGGUGGGAAUGAGGGGAGGAAGUGGGGUGCUUGUUUCAAAGCUGCCUAUUUUGCAGCUUGGGGGAGAGGAAGCAAAGCCCCUUCCAUGAAGGACUAUCCCUGGUGGUGGGUGGGCUGGGGAAAGGGAGUGCAGAUGGAUACUGCUUUUUCUUCAAAGACCAUCUCAGCAACCCACAGCCUUCUUCCCAAUAGUGUUAACUCUGCAUUUUUACGGCGUA